CCGGCGCCAUCCAAACACCCCUCACCGCCAUCAAAAACACCCCCGCCGCCAUCCUCCCCCCCGUCUCGGGCGACAUGGAUACCACGGCGCCUUCGCCUAGCUUCUACCAACAUAGCUAUGCCUGCACGCCCCAACAGCACCAGCCGUAUCCCUCUCCCCUGCCGACGCACGUCAACGCCCCGCAUCGUACCCCUCUGAGCAUCCACCGCCGACCCCCUCCUGUGCACUAUCUCCACCAGACUCCGAACGGCAGCUCUCCCCAGCUGCCUAUGACCCCGCCGUACGCGGCGUUCCAGUACCCACAAAACAGCAUACCCCCAACCACGCAUCAGACUUCUCCCGAGACCCCUGCCGGCUCCGAGCCAUUGCCCUCGAACCAUAUUCACGUCAUCCGAACGACGCCGCAAGAAGCACAGCCGCCCCAGGUGGCAAUGUUCCGAUCCAACUCCACAAUGUCGACCGCUAGCACCAACCGCCCGCCGGCGCUGUCGAACGGCCCCAGUCCGACCGGAGGAGAAGAGGUGAUUGCCGAUAUGAGCGAGCAGAGCUAUGAGGGGUUCCCGCCGGGUACGAGCCAGCAGCAUGCGAGGAUGGUGCAGCAGCAACAGCAGAGUCAGCGAGGGGAGCAGGCGCCAGUCGGACCAGGGGAGCCACAGUCGGCUCCAGGACGGUGGCAGAUGGCGCCGGGGCAGCAGGCAGCGCACCUUUGGCAAAGUGGUGUGCAGGCACAUCCAUCGCAGGAGCCGUUGCCUCAGUUAGAAGGGGGAGCUGGGCUGAGGGUCAUUGUCAACUUUAUUGAGGCGCUAGGUCAAAUGCAGGGCGACGACCUGAACGAGUGGACAUCCUUCAUUCUCCACAAUUUUGAAGACAACGCCCGCUUCCAAUUUGUCGUCACCGGAAGCACAACACACCUAUACGACAUCCCCGCCCACUACCUCCCCCGCUUCUUCCUCACCCUCCCUUGCAUACCCCACAUCCUCUUCACAGACCCCAUCGAAUCAUCCUUCGACCCGCCCUCAUCAUACGUCUCUAUACCAUACCACCACGACCCGGAUCAUCCCAUGCACCGCGCAAGAGAGACGGAGGAGAGGACGAUUCUGUGUUCGGAUAUGGAGUGGAGGAUAUUGGAGAAGAAGUGGAAGGGGGCGUUUAGUGCGGUGGUGGGGAGGGGCAGGAGGAUGGAGAGGAUGGAGGUGGUUUUGAGGGAAGGGGAGGAUGGGCCGUUCCCGGAAGCUGGGCUGAGGGUUUUACGGGUGGCGCAGGAGAUGGAGUCAUUUGCAUUGAUCAUGCGGUUACAGCAGGAAGAGAACUUGGCCCCGAAGGAUGCUCUAGCACGAUUCACUCUUCCAGAGGAGCAAGAAGAGCAAGCGCCGGACGAUUCAUGAGACAGGCAUAGGCAUGGGUAUGGGCAUGAGAGGGAGUGGGGCAAGCGAUGGAAUGUCUCCUACUAGCAUAUAGUUGUAUCAUACUGUGCACAAUCUUCUGACGACAAAGUUUUCUUGUUAUAUUGCAUCUGCUCAUGUCGUUGAAAGCAUGUAUUGCGUUCGUAUA